UAUCGCUUUCUCUCUCUCUCUGUCUCUUUUUCUCUCUCUAUCUCACUUUCUUUCACUGUCUCACUCUCUCUCUCUGUUUCUCUCACACUCUCUCUUUCUGUCUGUCUCUCUCGCUCACUCUGUCUAUCGCUCUCUCUGGGAUGGAUGGUGGGAUUCCCCCAAAUCCCCCUGUUACACCACUACUACGUCUACAGUUUGAAAUUAAACAAGGAGGUUACGAUUCUUACAGAGAGAGAAAGUGAAAGUACACAAGAACACGACGCCCCCGACCAGCUAUCCACCUCCCGGACCAAGCGCUUGAAGAGUUGCCCGAUGACACACAGACACACAACGUUCAAAUGGCAAGAUCUCUCAUGUAUUCAGAGAAAGGCAGAGUAUAUAUCAAAGUUGACACACAGUCGAUUAACUCGGUUAACUAUUGAUUGGCUAGGCAGAAGGGCGUAUUUGCAUGCAACAGGAAGUAUAUCAAAGUCCAACUCCAUGUGUGGUAUUCAGGAAGUAAUGGAAUGCGAGCAAAUGUUGUUCGGGGAGACAAAGAGAUGUGCAAACGGUGAGGGGCUUUAUCUGUCUGUACCUGGUUGGGAAGAGUUACAGAGGAACAAAGAGGAAAGAGUGUUCACACAAGGGAUGAGAGAGGGAAGAGAGAGGGAAGCGUGGUCACACAAGAGAAGAGAGAGGGAAGAGAAAGGGAAGAGAGAAGGAAGAGAGAGGGAAGAGAGAGGGAACAGAGAGGGAAGAGAGAGGGAAAAGAGAGAGAAGAGAGAGAGAAGAGAGAGGGAAGAGAGAGAGAAGAGAGAGGGAAGAGAGAGAGAAGAGAGAGAGAAGAGAGAGGGAAGAGAGAGGGAAGAGAGAGAGAAGAGAGAGAGAAGAGAGAGGGAAGAGAGAGAGAAGAGAGAGGGAAGAGAGAGAGAAGAGAGAGGGAAGAGAGAGGGAAGAGAGAGGGAAGAGAGAGGGAAGAGAGAGAGAAGAGAGAGGGAAGAGAGAGAGAAGAGAGAGAGAAGAGAGAGGGAAGAGAGAGGGAAGAGAGAGGGAAGAGAGAGGGAAGAGAGAGGGAAGAGUGUUCAUAGUAAACUUAUCAAACAUUAAUCCUGUGUAAAGGGAACUGGUGUUACUUUCUUCUUCUUUUUGACAUAUUCACCAAGACAGAGAUAUGUGCAUGGAAACAGCACUAGAGACUCAUCACAUUCACACACAAACACACACACACACACACACACACACACAC